CGGUACAUAUCUGACAAAAUAUUGUCAUGUUGACAUCUUCAGUCCGGAAGCAUUCAACCUUUAGGCGCCAAAGCAGUAAAAUUGCAAAAAAAGCGACUUUUACAAUAUGCCUUUCUCUCGAACAAUUUUCAGGCUAAAACCAUUUUAAGUGUCAACCUGAAUGUUUUAUUGAAAUUUUUUUUUGGACGGAACGGUUUUCAGAAUGCAAAAGGAUCCGGCUGGCGACGUUACCGGAAGUCUUACGUUGACGGACACGAAGGCUGCGGUGACGCGCUUCCGGCCAGCUCAGCGUCGUCACGUCAUCCGUCCUGGUGGUCCGGGUCCUCCUUUUCCCCAAUCGGACCCCCUUCCAGGCUGUCAAAAUCAACGAAACCCGAAAGGUCGCGUGGCUUCAGCGGACAAGAUGGUGCUGCUGACGAUGAUCGCCCGGCUGGCCGACGGCCUGCCGUUGGCCGCUUCGAUGCAGGAGGACGAGCAGGGAAGCGAAAAGUUGGGCCGGGACCUGCAGCAGUACCAGAGUCAAGCCAAGCAGCUCUUCAGAAAACUCAACGAGCAGAGCCCCACGCGCUGCACCUUAGAAGCCGGCUCCAUGUCCUUCCACUACGUCCUGGAGAGGGGCGUGUGCUACUUGGUCCUGUGCGAAGCCAGCUUCCCCAAAAAGCUGGCCUUCGCCUACCUGGAGGACCUGCAGGCCGAGUUCCACGAGCAGCACGGCAAGAAGGUGCCCACCGUCUCCCGGCCGUACUCCUUCAUCGAGUUCGACACGUACAUCCAAAAGACCAAGAAGGCCUACAUUGACAGCCGGGCCCGGCGGAACCUGGGCAGCAUCAACACGGAGCUGCAAGAUGUGCAGAGGAUCAUGGUGGCCAACAUUGAAGAGGUGCUCCAGAGAGGGGAGGCGCUCUCCGCAUUGGACUCCAAGGCCAGCAACUUGUCCAGCCUGUCCAAGAAGUACCGCAGCGACGCCAAGUACCUGAACACACGCUCCACAUACGCCAAGCUGGCAGCCGGCGGCGUUUUCUUCAUUAUGCUCAUCGUCUACGUGCGCUUCUGGUGGCUCUGAGAAGGCAGGACAGUGCUGUCGUCAAUAUCCACACACGCAAAAAAAAACAAACAAACAAAAAAAAAACCUUACCCUCGAAUAAGACUAAGACAACAGCUCUUUUCCAGAACUACAAAAUAAAGCAUGAUAUGGUUUUGAGAUGAGUGGCCCCGCGUUGGGAAAGUCAACGCGUGGGUGUCUUGAAGGGGCAACCGUGUGCAAAAAAAAAAAAGAAAAAAAAAGAGAGGGUAGACCAUGGGGGGCUUCUGUUGUAAGUUUCCCCAAACCUGGCAAAUGCUGCUUAUGAUCUUUAAUACCGUAUAGUUUACACCAAAGUGGGUUUUGGGACUCAUUGAUGAUUGAGUCAUUAAAAACUCUCCCGGUGACACCAUUUAUUUGAGACGUUUUUGUAUUUUGGAAGAUUUCGCCUCACACUGUAGUAGGACACGGCUAUAUCGUAAUCCCCCCCUCCCCCCUCCCCGCACACUACAUUUCUGCUCCGUUUUAUCUUGUACAAAGUUUACUCAUGUGAAUUUCCAAGUCAGUCCAGGUAGAGGCGGUUGAGUCGCAGGCUGCUUUUCUCUUCCGUCUGCUGUCUUGUGAAUAAAAUAAAAAAAAAAAAUGUUAGCACAAC